GUGGCUCUCCGGCUGUCCCAGCUGCUGUAACUGCUUGGACUCUGGGUCCUGGCACUGGGGAGUGGCGCGAGCGGCUUCACUUCCCUCUCGCAGGCUUCAGAGGUGGCGAAUCCCGUGUUGGCACCGAGUAGCAAGCGCUCGGCUAGGGCUUGGGGUUGGGGACGCGGCCGUCGUCAGCUUUGCGCCGCUCCUCCCCGCGCUCGGGGUGCUGGGCCUGUCAUGGAGGCAGCGAUGGCGACCCUGAGCACGCUCCCCACCCACCGUGCCUGCUCCGCCCUUCCCUCCGCCCCACGCCACCUUUGAUGGCAUCGACAACGCUAGCCACCGGCAACUUAGCUUGCACGGUAGCGCCGCAGCCGCAGCCGCAGCCGCAGCCGCAGCCCGAGGGUAUUAAUAGCCAAGCGUUCCAGCUACACUCGCAGCUCAAAGCCGCCGCACCCCUUGCAGCCGAGGGCCCGGAGCAGCUGAACGUGUAGGCCGGGAGUUGGAGGGAGCAGCGGGUGCCUGGAGAUAUUCUUUAAUCCACUUUCAUCAUGGGAGAAACAGAACAGAGGCCAACUGCAGGAUCACGACUGGGGGCCACAGAAAAUUCGGGGAUCAGUACCUUGGAACAUGGACAGAGGCUGCCCCCACCACCUUCUGGAAAACUCAUGUCCAUCAAAAUCCAGAUGCUGGAUGACACCCAGGAGGCAUUUGAAGUUCCAGAAAGAGCCCCAGGGAAAGUGUUGCUGGAUGCAGUUUGCAACCACCUCAACCUUGUGGAAGGUGACUAUUUUGGCCUGGAGUUUCCUGACAACAAAAAGAUCAUGGUGUGGCUGGAUCUCUUAAAACCUAUCGUCAAGCAGAUUAGAAGGCCAAAGCAUGUUGUUGUUAGGUUUGUGGUGAAAUUCUUUCCACCUGACCAUACACAACUUCAGGAAGAACUCACAAGGUACCUGUUUGCUCUGCAGGUAAAGCAGGAUCUGGCUCAGGGCAGGCUGACGUGUAAUGACACCAGUGCUGCUCUUCUGAUCUCACACAUUGUGCAAUCUGAGAUUGGGGAUUUUGAUGAAGCAUCGGACAGAGAGCACUUAACAAAAAAUAAGUACAUACCUCAGCAAGAUGUACUAGAAGACAAAAUUGUGGAAUUUCAUCAUAAUCACAUUGGACAAACACCAGCAGAAUCAGAUUUCCAACUCCUGGAGAUUGCCCGUAGGCUAGAGAUGUACGGGAUCCGGUUGCACCCGGCUAAGGACAGGGAAGGUACUAAGAUCAACCUGGCUGUGGCGAACACAGGAAUUCUAGUGUUUCAGGGUUUCACAAAGAUCAAUGCCUUCAACUGGGCAAAGGUGCGAAAGCUGAGCUUCAAGAGGAAGCGCUUUCUCAUCAAGCUCCGCCCAGAUACAAAUAGCUCAUACCAGGAUACCUUGGAAUUUCUCAUGGCCAGUCGGGACUUUUGCAAAUCCUUCUGGAAAAUCUGUGUUGAACAUCAUGCCUUUUUUAGACUUUUUGAAGAGCCCAAACCAAAGCCAAAGCCUGUUCUCUUUAGUCGAGGGUCAUCAUUUCGGUUCAGUGGUCGGACUCAGAAGCAGGUUCUCGACUAUGUUAAAGAAGGAGGACAUAAGAAAGUGCAGUUUGAAAGGAAACACAGCAAGAUUCAUUCCAUCCGGAGCCUUGCAGUGCAGCCUACAAAGCCAAAUUCAGAAGUGCCAAAACAAGCUCAGCACAGAGCCAGCCUUACACUUGGAGAAGGUGCUGAAUCCCCAGAUGGCCAGAGCUGCCAGCAAAGAAAGGAACUGGAAGUUUCCACCACCGAGUAUGGGUCAUGCCAAAGCCCUGCUCUGCAGAAGAGCCCAGUGGGUAACAAGAAGGCUGGUGGAGGCAUGAAGGCAACAACAGAGGAAGAGGAGGAGGUCAUUACGGAUAGGACCCAGCAGAAUAAACCUCAGCCCCAGCAGCCAACAGGCUCCCUGACUGGUAGCCCUCACCUUUCAGAGCUGUCUGUCAACUCUCAGGGAGGAGCUGUGCCUGCCAACUUGAUCUUGUCUCCCAACCUGAGCCCAGACACCAAGCAGGCCUCCCCAUUGGUCAGCCCACUCCUGAAUGACCAGCCAUGCCCACGGACUGAUGACGAGGAGGAGGGCCGCAGAAAGAGAUUCCCAACUGACAAAGCGUACUUCAUCGCUAAGGAAGUAUCCACCACUGAGAGGACAUAUCUGAAGGAUCUUGAAGUCAUCACUUCAUGGUUUCAGAGUACAGUGAGCAAAGAGGACUCCAUGCCUGAAACAUUGAAAAGUAUCAUAUUCCCAAAUUUUGAACCUUUGCACAAAUUUCAUACAAAUUUUCUCAAGGAAAUUGAGCAACGACUAGCCCUGUGGGAGGGCCGCUCCAAUGCUCACAUUAAAGGAGAUUACCAAAGAAUUGGAGAUGUCAUGCUGAAAAACAUUCAGGCCAUGAAGCAACUGGCUGCCCACCUGUGGAAACACAGCGAGGCUUUGGAGGCCCUGGAGACCUGCAUCAGGAGCUCCCGGCGGCUAGAGAACUUAUGUAGAGACUUUGAGCUGCAGAAGGUGUGCUAUCUGCCUCUCAACACCUUCCUCCUGCGCCCCCUGCACCGACUUAUGCACUACAAGCAGGUCCUGGAGCGGCUGUGCAAGCAUCAACCGCCCAGCCACAAUGACUUCAGAGACUGUCGAGCUGCUUUGGCAGAGAUUACAGAAAUGGUGGCACAGCUUCAUGGUACAAUGAUUAAGAUGGAGAAUUUCCAGAAGCUGCAUGAACUCAAGAAGGAUUUGAUUGGCAUUGACAAUCUUGUGAUUCCAGGAAGGGAGUUUAUUCGCCUGGGAAGUCUCAGCAAGCUCUCUGGGAAGGGGCUUCAGCAGCGAAUGUUUUUCCUGUUCAAUGACGUCUUGCUGUACACAAGCAGGGGACUAACAAUCUCAAAUCAGUUUAAAGUUCACGGGCAGCUCCCACUCUAUGGCAUGACCAUAGAGGAAAGUGAAGAUGAGUGGGGCGUGCCCCACUGCCUUACCCUGCGGGGCCAACAGCAGUCCAUCAUCGUGGCUGCCAGUUCCCGGUCCGAGAUGGAAAAGUGGGUUGAGGAUAUACAGAUGGCCAUUGAUUUGGCAGAAAAGAGCAGUGGCCCCACUGCCGAGUUCCUCACCAGCAGCCCCCCUGACAACAAAUCCCCUGAUGAGGCCACAAUGGCCGACCAAGAGUCAGAGGAUGACCUCAGCGCCUCACGCACCUCGUUGGAGCGCCAGGCCCCCCACCGUGGCAACACUAUGGUGCACGUGUGUUGGCACCGCAAUACCAGUGUCUCCAUGGUGGACUUCAGCGUGGCCGUGGAGAAUCAGCUGUCUGGGAAUCUGCUGAGGAAAUUCAAAAACAGCAAUGGGUGGCAGAAGCUGUGGGUGGUAUUCACAAACUUCUGCCUGUUCUUCUACAAGUCACACCAGGACAAUCACCCCCUCGCUAGCCUGCCCCUGCUUGGGUAUUCACUCACCAUUCCCUCGGAGUCUGAGGACAUCCACAAAGACUACGUGUUCAAGCUGCAUUUCAAAUCCCAUGUGUACUACUUCAGGGCCGAAAGUGAAUACACGUUUGAAAGGUGGAUGGAGGUGAUCCGAAGUGCCACCAGUUCGGCCUCCCGCACCCACAUUCUGAGUCACAACGAAUCUCAUGUGUAUUAAUGGCAGAACAUAGCUGUCAAUUGUUUCAGUAGUGGCUGCUUUCCUGAAAGACAUUUAAGGAAGUAAAUGUCUGUAUUAAUGAAGCCUAGUAAAAUUGACAUCUGUCUAGAAAACAAAAACAUGGUUUUACAGCAGCUCUCAUCUGUCUCCAUGGAACUUUUUUUAACCUUGUGUUUUUCCACUGUUAAUUUCUCAUCUGAAAGGAAGUGCUUCCACCUCCAAGGCUUGGUGGUGUUCUCUCUGUUAUUCUCUUGACGGGCUGUUUUUAGCUUGUGCCAGUAUUAAAACAUUGUCAUUAAUAUAGUGCCAAAUGACAAUUUUUCCUCCGUGACUGCACAUUAAAAGCAGUACAGACACAUCCGUUCAACUAAAAGACAGGGCAAGCACUCUUCUUUUAUAGGCUGCUGCAUUUAAAAAAAUUUUUUUUCCAGUGUUUGCAAUACACAUGGCAGUCUGAAGCAAAUGAGAUCAUUUUCAGGUAUCAUUUUUUUCUCAAUCUUUCUACUUUUAUAAUAAUAGGAAGUUAGUCAGAUUGACUCCUUUGAUUACUAAGAAAUUUGGAGCAUACUUCAUUCCACUCUGGGGUCUUGUGAUCCAGUGAAAUGCUGGUACCAGACCUAUUUGCUGGUGCAAGUUGACUAAAAUGUUUAAGUGAUUACUAUUUACAAAGUGUAGUAGGUGAUUUUCUAUUAAGUGAAGCAGAAAUCCAGUGCAACAUCUAGACUGUCACACUGUACUGCUAGUGGUAUAUAUAAUGGGAAGAUAUUAAGCUGUGGUGUUUUGCUGUCUGUCUCACAAGCAUGAAAACCUGUUAUGUCACUAAUCAGGGCCAUCUGUGAUGUUGUUAUGUUAUGUUAUGAAGGGGUUUUGUGAGCUUCAGUGAAUGCAGAAGCACUAUGAAUAAUGGUGUGUAGUCGCCAGGCACCCAUUAUCAUACCUAUCUGUAUCCUACUGCAACUGUGGUUUGAAACUCCACGUUCUAUAGUAGUAUAUAUCGUGCCUGUCUUCAAAACACAUUCUUUUUCCUUUUUUAUACUCAUUCCUCCCCAGGUAUAGGGUAUCAACACUAUGACACUGCACAUCCUUGAUAGUCAGACUACAUAGGGACAAUUGUUUCCAAUAAUAAUUUCCACUGGUCAAAAUCUGUUUGCCUAUUCUCUGUGGAGAUCAGGUGGCUGCUAUUCCCCAGUGUUCUUAAGCCCUUUUUGAGUCCAGAAGGGGGCAGCCAAUCAACCCAGUUCUCUUCCCUGCACCACAGCUGGGAAAUCCCCUUACCUAAAACACACAGGACUACCCCAACUUUGUGGAGCUGUGACUGGUUAUUGUGGAAAUGGCAAUGUAAAAAUGGACAAGUAGAUUGAAAUGUGUUAAUCAUUUGCCUUACAAUGUGUACCAGAUGGUUUUAAGUACUAACAAAAGGGAAUAAAAAUACCUCACACCACAAUCCAGCAUAUUGAAGUUUUAAGGCAGAACAACUCACCUUGUCUCUCGUCUUUAUUUUCAUUUAAUUUGGGUGGUGAUGCAUCUAUGGGCAAAGGUCAGAGUUGGCUGGUCACUACAGAGUGCAAGUCAAAAAGAAAAACAGAAUGAACUCAACUGUUCAUUGAGACAAACAAUGUUUUGAAAAAAUCGGUAUUUUAUAGUCUCUUGUUUCAUUCAACUUGGCCCUCAGAGAUAGAACUUUUCUAGGAGACUGACCUUCAGUGGCUAUAAAAGACAAUGACUAAAACCCAAAGAAGGAGGGCAAAGCAGAGAAGGGCUACCUGGCACUUCCUAUAUAAAAAGAACUCUGGAGACAAGCUAGUUCCUUGAGAUUUCUCCCACAUU